AUGGAUAUUUGGGGUGGUGAAAAUUUAGAACUAUCUUUUCGCAUAUGGAUGUGUGGUGGCACUCUGGUGAUUUCUCCUUGUUCUCAUGUUGGUCAUAUAUUUCGAAAACGAUCUCCAUAUAAAUGGUCAGAUGAGGUAAAUGUUGUUCGCAAAAAUUCUGUUCGACUUGCUGAAGUUUGGCUUGAUGAAUACAAAAAAUAUUAUUAUCAAAGAAUAAAUAAUAAUUUGGGUAAUUACGGUGAUAUUACAUCACGUAAAUUACUUCGAGAAAAACUACAAUGUAAAUCAUUUAAAUGGUAUGUAACUGAGAUCUAUCCAGAGUUAUCUCUUCCAGAAGAUACAAAAACU